UUUGCUGCCCCGGGAGCUGGGAAGGGAGAGGGGCUGGGUGAGGCUGUGGCGAGGUCUGUCAGGAAAAAGGGAACCGCUAUGGUGAGAUACUGAUGCGGGGCCCAGACCGGCCGGAGUUCGUGCUACCUUCAGAAAGAAAAAAACAUGUCUCAAAAGCAGAUGAAGGAAGCUUUUGUCAGUAACCUCAAUGGGACCAGCGUGUUGGAAGUCACCCAGGGCUUGUGUUUUCCUGCAUUCUGUAUCCUGUGUAGAGGCCUCCUGAUCAUUUUCUCACAGCACUUGUGUUCUGUUUCACACACCUGGAGAACACGAUUCUUGAUUGACUUUGUUAUCCUAAUAGUUCCCCUAGUGAUCACUUUGACUAUAUUGUCUUCAUUUAUUUUCCUUGAGACUCUCACUGUAAUUAUGUAUGAGGUAUGGCUGUUGUAUCAGAUAUACCAGAGGAGGACUUGCUAUGCCAAAGUGCCUGUCCAGAAAAUCUUGGAAAAAUUCUUGAAAAUCAGCCUAGAAUCAGAUUAUAGUCCAGCCAUCGCCUGUUACCGUGUCACUAACAGUGUGCUUACUGCUAUUGCCAUUUUGGCUGUGGACUUCCCUCUGUUCCCCAGAAGAUUUGCCAAAACUGAAUUCUAUGGGACGGGGGCAAUGGAUUUUGGAGUAGGUGGCCUUAUUUUUGGGACUGCAAUGGUUUGUCCAGAGGUUAGAAGGAAAUACAUAGAAGGGUCCAAAUUUAAUUCUCUUAGAAAAUCACUGUACUCUGUUUGGCCAUUAGUCUUUCUAGGAAUGGGACGGUUAGCUGUUAUAAAAUCCAUAGGCUAUCAGGAACAUUUAACUGAGUAUGGCGUUCACUGGAACUUUUUCUUUACCAUCAUAGUAGUGAAAUUGAUAACAUCACUGCUUUUGGUUAUUUUUCCCUUAAAUAAAUCCUGGAUUGUGGCUGUCAGCAUUAUCAUUUUAUACCAGCUAGCCCUUGACUUUACUCCACUAAAGAAGCUAAUUUUGUAUGGUACUGAUGGCAGUGGCACAAGGGUUGGUUUAUUAAAUGCCAAUCGAGAAGGAAUAAUCUCCACUUUGGGGUAUGUGACAAUAUACAUGGCUGGUGUGCAAACAGGGUUGUAUAUUCUUAGGAACAGAGCACAUAUCAAAGACUGGAUAAAAGUUGCAUGUUGUCUUCUGCUAGUAGCUGUUAGCUUCUUCAUAGCUCUGUAUAUAGUUCAAGUCAAUGUCGAGGCAGUUUCUCGAAGAAUGGCCAAUUUAGCCUUUUGUAUGUGGAUAGUUGCCUCUAGCCUGAUGCUUCUUAGUUGUUUGUUGUUGAGUGAUAUAAUUUUGAGUUUUGCCAAAUUUCUAACCAAAGGAGCUCGAGUACCAUGUUCUUGGAAACUUAUUCAGUUGCCUCCUACAAAUAAAAAGCAUUCUGAAUCUCUAGUCCCAGAAACUGAAAAAAAGGAAUCUGAAUCCAGCCUCUGUUUAAUCACAGCUCUAAACAGAAAUCAGCUAUUUUUUUUCUUAUUGUCAAAUAUAACAACUGGUCUGGUCAACUUGAUGAUGGAUACAUUACACAGCAGUACCUCAUGGGCCUUACUUGUGCUCAGUCUUUAUAUGUUUAUCAACUGCUUAGUUACGUAUGUACUCAAUUUACAAGGCAAAAUUAUAAAAUUUUUGUGACCAAUGGGUAGGAUGUAUAUAUUUGGUCACCAUUAUUUUAGUGGUAAAAAAUAUGCUUUGCUAAAGACUAGAUUACUAAAUCUAGCCUUGGCUGUUUCAAUCUGUGACAGAAUUUUUUUUUUUUUUAGCCCUGGCUGGCUCAUAACUCACUAUGUAGGCCAGACUGGCCUCGAACUCACUCAU